CAUCCAGAGUGCAAAGCUGGGUCAUUACAUGGCCAUGAACGCUGAGGGGCUGCUCUACAGCUCGCAGCUUCCCGGGCGAACUCACUGAGCGCCGCGACCAGACUAUGACCCCAGGGGUGCUGCUGUUGCUUCUGGGGGUGCUGCUCGCCCCAGGCGCCCACGGCUCAGAGGCGGAGGGCCAACUCCGCGAGAAACUUUUCUCGGGCUAUGAUAGUUCUGUACGGCCGGCGCGCGUGUUGGGUGACAGCGUCGAAGUCAGCAUUGGUCUUACCCUAGCGCAACUCAUCAGCCUGAACGAAAAGGAUGAAGAGAUGAGCACAAAGGUGUAUUUAGACCUGGAAUGGACUGACUACAGGCUGAGCUGGGACCCGGCAGAGCACGAUGGCAUCGAUUUGCUCCGCAUCACGGCAGAAUCAGUAUGGCUACCUGAUGUGGUGUUGAUGAACAACAAUGAUGGAAAUUUUGAUGUUGCUCUGGACAUUGACGUUGUGGUGUCUUCAGAUGGCUCAGUCCGCUGGCAACCCCCAGGCAUCUAUCGCAGCAGCUGCAGCAUCCAGGUCACCUACUUCCCCUUUGACUGGCAAAACUGCACCAUGGUGUUUAGUUCCUACAGUUAUGACAGCUCAGAGGUCAGUCUGCAUACAGGCCUGGGUUCUGAUGGGCUGGAGCGGCAGGAAAUCUACAUUCACGAAGGGACAUUCAUUGAAAAUGGCCAAUGGGAGAUUAUCCACAAGCCUGCUAGGCUAAUCCAGCCUCCAGGGGAUCCUAGGGGAGGGAGGGAAGGACAACAUGAGGAAGUCACCUUCUACCUCAUCAUCCGCCGGAAGCCUCUCUUCUACCUGGUCAAUGUCAUUGCCCCGUGCAUCCUUAUCACUCUCUUGGCCAUCUUUGUCUUCUACUUGCCACCGGAUGCAGGAGAAAAGAUGGGGCUCUCCAUCUUUGCCCUGCUGACCCUUACUGUGUUCCUGCUGCUGCUGGCAGACAAAGUACCUGAGACUUCCCUGUCAGUACCCAUCAUUAUUAAGUAUCUCAUGUUUACCAUGAUCCUCGUCACUUUCUCAGUCAUCCUUAGCGUUGUGGUACUCAACCUGCAUCACCGCUCUCCCCACACCCACCAAAUGCCUCUUUGGGUCCGUCAGAUCUUCAUCCACAAGCUCCCUCUCUACCUGGGUCUGAAGAGGCCAAAACCUGAGAGAGACCAGCUGCCAGAGCCCCCUCACUCUUCUUCUCUGGGAAGUGGCUGGGGUCGGGGUACUGACGAAUAUUUUAUCCGGAAGCCACCGAAUGAUUUUCUCUUCCCCAAACCCAACAGAUUCCAGCCUGAACUGUCUACCCCGGACCUGCGGCGAUUUAUUGAUGGUCGAAACCGGGCUGUGGGCCUGCCUCCCGAGUUACGGGAGGUGGUUUCCUCGAUCAGCUACAUCGCUCGACAGCUGCAGGAACAGGAGGACCAUGAUGCACUGAAGGAGGACUGGCAGUUUGUGGCUAUGGUAGUGGAUCGCCUCUUCCUGUGGACCUUCAUCAUCUUCACGAGCGUCGGGACCCUGGUCAUUUUCCUAGAUGCUACGUACCACUUACCCCCUGCCGACCCCUUUCCUUGAGGACUGGAAGGCCGAGCCUCAGGUUCUCGGCUACUUGAAAUGAAAGUAUUUUCAAGCCUUAUAACCCCCUCUGCUUAAACCCUUUCGCUAGGAAUCCAGUACAUUUAUUUUGUUUCUAAGGAGAGCGCUUAAGUGGAACUGAGGGCUGGUUAGGGUGUCUUAGACCCACCUGAAAUGCAUAUCAGUUUAUUUGCUCUUUGGAUACUUGAGGCGGCUCCCUUGGAUAUCAAUGCCCAGGUCCCCAAUGAAGUAGUACAAAGAGCACAAAUUAAUGUAAGCCUUAGGAUGGCAGGAAAUGUCUUGGUCACUGUAAUAUUUCCAGCACCUGACACUGACCUAAAGGUUCAAUGUUUGUUGAAUGAAGAGGGAGAAUUUUCUGGAAAGAAAUAACACCAAUUAAUAGUUCCUA